GGCAUCAUGUUUGGUUAUGCCACCGAUGAGACCGAAGAAUGCAUGCCAUUGACUGUUGUUUUGGCACACAAAUUAAAUCAGAAAUUGGCAGAACUUCGUCGCUCAGGCGAAUUCAGUUGGGCGCGUCCCGAUUCAAAGACACAGGUCACUUGCGAGUACCUUUUCAAUCAGGGCGCAGCUGUGCCAAAGCGUGUACACACCAUUGUCGUUUCCAUGCAGCAUUCGGAAAAGAUUAGCUUGGAGGACUUGCGCAAAGAGGUCAUGAAUAAGGUCAUCAAAGAUGUCAUUCCAGCCAAAUAUUUCGAUGCCAACACAAUUGUGCAUAUAAAUCCAUGUGGAUUGUUCGUCAUUGGCGGUCCAAUGGGUGAUGCAGGUUUGACCGGGCGUAAAAUUAUCGUCGAUACUUAUGGCGGUUGGGGCGCCCAUGGGGGUGGUGCAUUUUCGGGCAAAGACUUUACUAAAGUAGACAGAUCGGCUGCAUAUGCUGCGCGUUGGGUUGCCAAAUCGCUGGUGAAGGCGGGACUUUGUAGGCGUUGCUUGGUGCAGGUCUCAUAUGCCAUCGGCCUGGCCGAACCACUUUCCAUUACAGUCUUCGAUUAUGGCACCUCACAUAAGACACAAAAAGAAUUGCUCGACAUUGUUAAGCGUAAUUUCGAUUUGCGGCCGGGCAUGAUUGUCAAAGACUUGAAACUCAGACAGCCAAUCUACCAGCGCACAAGUACUUAUGGACACUUUGGACGUGACGGUUUCACGUGGGAAGAAGCGAAGCCGCUGCAGAUCAAUUGACUAGAACCGGGUGCAGAUCAGCUAACACAGCCACCGUUUGCUAAAAAGUGUAAAGUUGCGUAAUUCUUAGUUGUUAAUUUAAUUAUUUUCUGAUGUGCAAAUGCGAAAGGGAAUAAUUGCAAAGUAAUUACAAUAGAGGAUAACGAAAAAGCAACCUAGAAAAAAGGAGAAUAAAAAUCACGCAAGCAAAGUGAUUUUGGUACAGUUUUCGUUCCUGUCAUUACCAAUAGUUAUAAUUUAGCCUUAGUUGUUUAAAAAUAACAAAAAAUAUGAAACAAAAUAUUCCCACGCUCACAUUAUGUUCUCUUCAAACGUGUCAACUGUUUUAUUGUAAUUUGUCCAUCAAAAUUGGUACUUGAUUGAUGUUAGAAAUUUGUUCAUUUGAAUUCGUGUGAUACAAAACGUGGCGCGUCUGUGAGAAGUAUUCAAUAACAUAAAAGUAUGUAGUAUAUGUCAUGCCCCUUUGUAAUUUGUACUCGUACCCACAAAAUAAUUGUUCAAAAUAUUUGAAAAAAUAAGAAAUAAAAAUAUGCAAAAUUAUAAAUAUUCAAAUGCAAUAAUAUAACGCUAGUUAUUUUUAAACGGAAGCAAAGGAUCUAUCAAAUACAUCGUUAUUUAUUCAAAUUUAAUAGUCUUAAUAAAGCUUGAACGUUGAAAAUUAUAUUGGGCCGUAUACAUAAAAACAAAGCAAUUGCAUUUACUUAAAAUUCCAUACCUUUCACUUCAAUUUAUUUGAACAAAUCGAGUAAAAGGUCUGAAAUUUUAAGAAAAAGCAUUUGCCAUUGUCUCUGUAUACUAAGUGUAAUUUCACCAAAUUCAAACAUUAAAGCAA